UUCACAAGGUGGCUAGCUUUUUGAAUGUGAUGCAUGCUAUAAAGGGUGGCUGGGUUGGGCAAACAUUUGCCCUUGCUAAAAACAAUGAAUCUGAAGGAAGGAAGUCCCGAAUCCGGCGUUCAAAGGAGGAGAGGAAGGAAAUGGUUGUAGCCUUUAUUAGAAAGUAUCAGAAUCUACAUAAUGGGAGUUUUCCAUCACUUAAUCUGACCCACAAGGAAGUUGGUGGGUCUUUCUACACUGUAAGAGAAAUUGUCCGAGAUGUAAUCCAAGAAAAUAGAGUGCUGGGUCCUGCUAAGUUCAUUGCAGAGGAUCAGACUAUUGAUCAGUUUUUGGAACAUAAUCCACUUGGUUCGCUUGCUGCAGAACCUCAAGAUGCUUUGUCAAAUGCAUCAAAUAAUUCUAAGUUUGCCAACAAUCAAGCUCGGGGUACAGUUCAAGAAAUGGUUUUGGCUUCUGAUGGGCAUUUGUUUACCCUUGAACAUCAGAUUGUCAACCAAGGCCGAGUCAUCAAUGGCACUGCAGCAGAAGUGGAUGCAAAGAAGUGGAGCAUAAAGAGUUGCAAUUAAAGUUACCAGUGGAAACAGAGAAUAAGGUUGCUGAAGAAUCUGUAGUAUCUGAUGGGAAUUCUGUUGGUCAUAAGCAUCAGAUGUUUGACAAUGGUAGCCAGGUUGAUCUGAAAGACAAAAAACCUGAGGAAGUAUAUGCAGAGCAUAGAACAAGUGAGCCUUUGGAAGUAGAGAAGAAUGUUGGGGAACUUUCGGGAACAUCUAGGUCUAGACUGGCCUCCAUAGAAGCAGAUGUAGUAGUUGAGACAUUUCCAUUACCGCCAAUUACUAGGAAUACUGAAAGCUUGGAUGAAAAGGUAGAAGUGAGACAUUUUGCUUUAUCUACUGAGGAUAAAGGUACCAAAGAGAUGGGGUUGACUGCUGGUGUUGAUAGUUGGUCGUUAGAUACUGUACAUUCCAUGAAGAGCUUGGUGGGCGAUAAAGUAGCUUUGGAAAGCCCCUUAGUUGGAAACAAAUCAAGCUCAGUGAAUAAGGAAGCAUUAGAAAUUGACAGAGACUUAUCUCUGGAGAGCACAAAUCGCUCAACCCUUGAAGGAAGCACAGACCCUGAGUUCAAAGCAUCUGCAAAUGACGUUCUGAUAUCUGAGAGCUUUGAACAAAUUGAAGCCACUGCUGGAGCUAAGACAAUAGAAUCUCUGGGUACAAAGAACCGUAAUGGUACCAGUGUCCACGAUGGGUUGUCACAAACCAAGGAGGUGCUUGUGGUUGAGGAUGAAGUUGGUGUGCCCUCCAGCGCAGGCCUGCAAAAAGGAAGCAACCCCACUUUAGACCGGAUUAAUCUCGAAUCAUGGCAAAGGGCAUCUAAAAAGUCUGAAAAACGAGAAGGCAAACCUUUCUGGGCUGUAUUUAAAGAGUAUAUAGACGCCUUUGUGAAGUUUUGGUCCGAAUGAGCUUUGAGUGUGCUUUGAAAUAUUUGUAUUGCUGAGUGAACAAUAUGUACCUGCUAAGUUUAUUUGUGAUGUCAGUUUUAUUAGAUCAUGAAUAAAUUUUUUUCCCUA